AUGGAUACCCAUAUUGACUUUGUGAAGCAUGAAAAGACGAGUCCUGGUGCUAAGGGCUCUUCCACAACUAAAAUGUCACAAAAUACCUUACAUUUCUCAAAUUUGAGCCAGAAAAAAGUGAGCUCGAAGAAGAAUAAUUCUUCAAAAGGUCUUUUUGGUAAAUUUAGAGAAAAAUUAAACCAAAAACAUCUUGAUCGAGCUAUUAAUGAAGCUGAUGGGAUCAUUAAAUCCUUGACUGAAGCUAAGUUUGGAGAAGCCAGGAUUGGUAACCCGGUUACCAGAAAUGCUGUUGAGAAGAUCAGAGCGAAAUCAAAUUUACUAGAGAAUGAGAAAGAAUUUUUAUUUGAAAUUGACUCCCACGAACACUCUACAGAGUCAGAUUAUGAGGCAGCAAUAUUGUCAAAAUCGAAGAGCUAUAAAUUCCAUUUGCCCAGCAUUCAUCAUAAGAAAAAUGUUGACUUAAUGAGCCAAAUCAGUGGAAUAAAUUCUCCAAGAAUAAGCUAUUUCUCGAUAGGACAGCACUUCGAGAACAACUCUAAUUUCCUUAAGGAAAUUUUGAAAAAGAAAUAAGGCCCGUGUUGAAGAGUCCAAGGCUGCUAGUAACCAGAAUAGGACUGAGAGGAAGAUAAAGUCUCUUUCUAGAAUUUCAAGACUCAAUCCUUCUGAGUUACAGAAAGACAGUGACCUAAUGCAUCAUUUUAAGCAGAAGGUUAAUUAUAGGAACAUGAAUUCAUCGAAAUAUGAUCAUUUCUCAUCCAAUAAUGAUGCUGAUUCUAUUCAAAGAAAGCUAACAGAGAUUCAGAAUGAUGAGUUUACCAGAGAUCCUGAGACAAUGAGGUACUGUGAGAGGCUUCUAGAAUCCAUGCAUCACAUAAAAUCGCCCUCUUUAAAGGCCAUCUAUAGGACCGCUUUUGAUGAAGCUCACUCCAAAACCAGCAGGGUGGAACAAUAAUUCAUGAAUAAUUUGUAUUACAGAAAAUAUUAGGUCUUUAUGUCGCUGUAAUAGAUCGUCGUGACAAAUUUCUUCCUCUUUAUCGACUGGGUAAUUCCACACACCUUAGUGUUUGGGCAUUCUGUCUUCGGAAUGGUAAAUACGUGGCUCAAGCUGAUGUGUGCAGGAGAUUUUAAGUUUUUGUCUUUGAAAAUAGGCCUAAUUUCAUUCUCUCUUUUAGAUUUCAUUAAUUCCUUACUAAAUUCAGGGUUAUGAAAAGGAAUGUCAUUGAUUCCUUCAUCUAAAGUAUUUUUAGUCAGAUUGAAUGGCAUGGUAGGAGGCUCAUUAAAAUCUGAGACCUUCGGAAUCUCCUGUGAGUAUCCACUCAUUGGGAUGCAAGUAUUGUCGGGUCCAUUUUUCAUUUUAAUUUCCUUCUCUGGUUCAGACUCUUCCUCUUCUUCUUCCUCCUCAUCUUCAACUUCUUCAUCCUCUACAGCACUUAGGUCAAUGACAUUGUUAAUAUUUCCGUUUUCGUCAGCAGCUGAAAUUUGGUCAGGGGCGAACCUCCAUUCACCAUCAACAAUGAACUUAUAAUGAUGUUCCUUAUUUUUCCAGAGAAAGAAUUUUGGUUACGUUGGAGUUAUUCUUCUCCAUUGGGUAGUGAUCUUGCCAGUCAUCAAAGCUGCCUACAAGGUAGAUGUCAUCACCUCCGAAAUUCCAGGUGAAACAAUAGUUUACUCUAUUGGAUUUCUUCUUAGUUUUAACCUUCUUCUUGGGCUUUACAUUAGAGGUUUCUGAUAAUCCUCCUACAUCAUUUACUUGGCAGUCAGAAUCUGAGUUGGAGAAGAGGGAGGAGGGGUGCUGGACUCUCUUUCCAUGCUUCCUUCCUCUGGAAUCCACCUGGCUACUAUUCCUGCUACCUUCGUUGUUUGUCGAAACCUAUAGAUCUGGUUUACAAGCUUACUUGGCUUCCC